AAGAUCUGGAGGUCGGCUGGGAAAAAAUGAGUAAUGCAAAGCAGCCUGCUUAGUCAAGGCUGCAAGAGAAAGAAAAGUAAAAGCUGGGUCCCAUCUCUGCGGACUCUAAAAUGAUCCUGACUUAUCAUGUCACCAAGCAGAGCUGGGGAAGCCAACACUCGAAAUCUGCUGGCAAAGAAAAGUUCGAAGGGGGAAAAAAAAUGACAGGGAGGGACAAACCGGAGGAGGAGGGAAUAAAUAGAGAGAGGGAGGAAAAGACAAGCGUCAUUUAGAAACAGAGGUAGGGUGGAAGACAGCACUCCAGGAUCCCAAACCAAAGCGUGUGGAAGAGUAUUUUUCUCUCUUUUCUUUUCCCCAGAGGAGAUCCCUAUCCUGUCAUUUUAUUGGCAGAAGCGCAGUUGCAGGCUCUUUUCCCAGAGGUUGACCGAAGAAGCUCAGGAACUGCUGUUUCUUCUCUGCUAAGACAAGUGGUUUCCUUGGUAAUGGAUUGCUUCUCUCUGAGGGGUGUGUAAGAAGUGUGGAGACAGAAGCUUCGUUUUCAGCUUUCACCCUGGUGAGGCCCUCCAGAUCUAGUCUCUCAACCCAGCUAGGAAACUGCUAUAAAAAAUGACUGAAGAGCCCAUAAAGGAGAUCCCAGGAACCCCAAAGCCUCCCAAGCCGGUGACAAUGGAGAAAAACUCCAACGGUGAAGUGGUGAUCACCAUGGUCCCCCUGGUCAGUGAGAUUCAGCUGAUGGCUGCUACAGGGGGUGCCGAGCUCUCCUGCUAUCGCUGUAUCAUCCCCUUUGCUGUAGUGGUCCUCAUUGCAGGCAUAGUGGUCACCACUGUGGCUUACAGCUUCAAUUCCCACGGCUCCAUCAUCUCCAUCUUCGGCCUGGUCAUUCUGUCAUUUGGACUUUUUUUGUUAGCUUCCAGCGCCUUAUGCUGGAAGGUAAGACAGAAGAGCAAGAAAGCCAAGAGACGGGAGAGUCAGACGGCUCUCGUGGUAAAUCAGAGAAGCCUGUUUGCUUAAGAUUGAGUGAGACCAAAUGGGACGUGUGGGCUGACAAACCUGCUCUAACUUUUUCAGUCAGUUUGCCCAGAACCAUCAUGUGAGAGAAUGGACUUGGCAUUGGAGUGGACUAGAAGAAUGGGGAUGGGUUGGGACAUUGGGAGUUGGAGGGGUUUCUCCCUUCUAUAGAUUGACUUAUAUCUACUUUAAUGACAAACUUAAUCCUAAGGGCUAUUUUUAAGACUGAAAAGUUAGCUUUCUCUUGACAUUCAAUAUUUGGAGGCGAGGGGGCCGUGGAAGAUGCACACUAUUAGGCAAUGUUUGGUUAACCUUGAAAAGUAGCCAAGAAAAUAAUCAGACGGUCUUGGCACACCAGAGACCUGCCUCCAAAAAAAAAAAAAAAAACCCAUGCUCUUAAGAAGUUGUAUCAUCAAAAUGUUCUGCUGAAGGUCUAAGUUGCCUUGGACUUUGCAUCCUUCUACAAAACUCUGUGAUAAUUUUUCCUUUUUUUGUCAAUAAGCUGAUUCUCUGGCAUUUGUUUUUAUGUUUUGCUUUCAGUAACUCAUCACUGGUGGUACUUUUCCUUGAAGAAUAAACUAGUAUUUUUUUAUAUUUUAACAUUGGACAGUUUUAGAUGAUUGUAAUAAUGUGUCAGAAGUAAAAAGUAAAAGAUAUAGUUAAAUGGUAUAGCUACUAGAUGACAUGGGGGGUUAAAUUAAUAUUAAAAUAAUCCAAUAUAGCACUUUUGAUGAUUUUUAUAUAAAAGUUUAAUGUAUAUUUCAUUCAAAAUAAUAAAUACUCAGUGCUGCUAAAACUUCUUAAAUGGUUGUUUUGUCAUAGUUAGUUUUUGUAGUUCCAAAUUUCCC